AUGUCGCGUGUCGCAAGUAACUAUUCAGCACCGCGCUAUAAUAAUAAUACUGGACAAUCAAAACCUCCAAGUAAUAAAAAUAGUAUUGGUAAUGGUAGUGGACAUGGCAUUACUGUACGUAGUGCAGCACCACCACCUAUACAAAAAGAAACUGUACAUGCUUGUCCAAUAUGUAAUGGUGAAUACAAAGAUCCACGAGUAUUACCAUGUACUCAUACAUAUUGUUUAAAUUGUAUUCGAGACAAAUUAAUGAAUAAUAAUCGAGUUACUUGUCCAAAAUGUCAACAACAAGUUGAUGAAAUCGAUCUAAACGAUUUACCACGUAAUCUUAUUUUAAGCCAAGAAUGGCGUAUGAAUGUUCAACCUGUAACAUCAAUUCCAACACCUAAAAAACCCGUUACAUAUCAAUCAAUUAUUUCAACACCAACACAAAUGUCCAAUCAACAAGAUAAACGUAAACCAAGUAUAGCAGAAAGUAAUGGUCAUGAUUCAUUAACAGGUGGAACAAAAUCAUAUGGAAUUACUUCACUUGUUAAUGCAUUUAGUAAAUCAUCAGGAGCUAGUGGAAAAACUAGUACACGAUCAUCUCGUUCAUCAAGUAGAUCUAAUAUACAACCAGUUGUCUCCAAUUUAGUAAAAAUUUAUUCUGAAGCUACAUCAACACAACCACUUGAAAAACCAAGAAGUGAAAGUGUUGCAUCAACAGGAAAAAAUGAUGAAUUAAUAAAAAUUUUUGAACAAGCAACACAUCGUUCAUCACAACAACAACAACAACAACGAACAUCAUCAGCAUCCAUUAGUAAACGACCAUCACAAGCACGUGAAGAAGCUUAUGAAGAUAUGACAUGGGACACUCUUGUACAUGGAACUGUUCCAGUAGCUCCUCCAUUUCCUGAUCAAUGGCAAAAAGCAACGGAAAAUCUUCAUUAUCCACCACAAGCAAUUGAACGACCAAUAUCAGCUGCAACAACAUCUGAUCGAAGUUCAACUGUAGAUAAUCUUCGUGAUAUAAUUGCAUCUAUAAAUCAACAUUCGCAUGAUGGAACUCCUCCAUCAUUUCCACAAGGACAAAUUCUAUCUCCUCAAUCGCAUAGUCGUCCUUCAACUGCUUCUCGUUCACAAAAUGAUUUUGAUGAUGAUGAUGAUGAUGGUGACAAUCAAAUUCCUAUACAACCACCAGUCUAUGCUAGUAUCCAACCAUCAGUCUAUGCUAGUAUCCAACCACGACCACCAAGUCGUCAUAGUAGUCGUGCUGAUAGCGUUCUAAGUAAUGCUACUAGUUCAACAAUAAGACAGUCUCCAGCUCCACCAAUAAUAAAUACUUAUCAACAACGAUUAAGUGUUGCAUCAACUCCGCAACAAAAACAACAACAACAACAACAAGCUGAUAAAAUGUCUGAUCGUAGUUCUUCAAUAACUUCACCGUUAGGACGAUCACCAGAACGAUUUCCACUACAAACUAUUCAAACAUUUGAUUUUGCUGGUGAUGAAGCUCUUAAACCACGAUCUCCAUCAGUGACAUCAAUUCGAUCAUUAGCUUCUGAAGAUAUCAAUGAACAAAUACCUAUCAAUCAAGCUAAAUUAUUAUCAACGGAACGCUUUCAAUCUGCUGUCAAUAUUCCACCUGUUGUUCAAACAAAUAAUUCAUCACGUGCUCGUUCACAAAUUAGUAGUGGUUUAUCGACUCCAACAAAUCGACCAGCAUCAAGAUCUAUGGAACGUGAUACACAUUAUCUUGUUCCAACUCUACCAUCAUCAUCAUCAACAACAAUAGCUGUAUCAUCACGUGUUGAUUUAUUAUUAUCGGAUCAAAAACGUUUAGAACGUGAAAUUGAUGAACAAAUAAAACGUUUAAAAUAUGAUUAUGAUGAUAUACGUAAACAAGUUCAUCGUAAAGAAUCUUCAAUACAUAAUGAAGUUAAAAAUAUCGCUGCAAAUCUUGAUGAUAAUAUAACAGAACAUUAUCAUCAACAACAAAAAAUUUAUGCUGAUUUAGCUACUGAUACAAAUACAAUUGGAAAUGAAUUAGAACGUUUAAAAUCUUUUACAUAUACAAAUAAUAAUAAACAACAAUUAUGGGAUAAUCUUGAAAAAAUUGAAUUUAAUAUACGAACUAUUCGUCGAACUGUUGAACAACAAAAACAAUCACGUGAUGCUUUAACAUUUUCUGAAGGACAUCGUGCUAUAGCAGCUGAUACAAUUGGACAAGUAACUUAUAAUCAAAUAGAAUCUCAUCGGCGUUUUAAUUCUCCACCACUACUACCACCACUACUACCACCACCACUACCACCAGCUCCAGCAUCAUUUCAAAUUGAACAAACUUCUACAAAUAUUGUACCAUAUAAAUAUAUUAAAAUUGAUCAUUUAUCAGCAUUGGAACCUGAAGCUAUAGCUAUGACAGAAAAUAAUAAAAAAAUUUUAUUAGGUAUAUGUAAUAAAUUAUUUAUACUUAAUGAAUAUGGUGAUACACUUAAAACAAUUCUAUUAGCACCAAGCAUACGUGGUAUAACAAUAUCAAAAAAAUAUCAAUCACAAAAUAUUGCUUACGUAUCACAUGAUGAAUCAAUAAGUAUGAUUGAUAUUGAUAGUGGACAAACAUUAGAUUGUGUUAAAGAAACAGAUUCAACUGGUCAAUCAGGUAUAUUUUUACCAUUAGGUAUUGAUACGGAUAAUAUACGUGGAGAUGUUUAUGUAUGUGAUUAUCGAAAUUCAUGUGUACUUAAAUUUGAUGAUAAACUUGAAUUUAUUAAACAAUGGAAAAUUUAUAAUCAUUCCGAUCAAUAUGAUGAAGCUCGACCAAAAUUAAUUUCUGUUUAUGGACAAAAAUUAUAUAUGAUUGUUGAACAUUCAUGUAAACCUUUUUAUAAUCAGGGUAUUGCUUAUACAUUUUCACUUCAUAUAUGUGAUGCUAAUUCUGGUAAUAUAAUAAAAAUAAUUGAUGCUGAUUUAUUAGCAACUCAACGUCUUCGUUGGCCAUGUUCUGUUCAAGCAAUAAGUAAUGAAAAAUGUUAUAUAUUAGAUACGAUGACAUCAGGCAAAUAUUUUAAUGGUCAAUGGCAAAAACAUUGGUCACGUGUACUUGAAAUUGAACAAGAUGGUCAUAAUGUUGUAACAGAAUUAUUUCAAUUAGAUAGUGAAGCAGCAACAAUGGCAAUGACUAAACAGAUUAUGAUUAUUGCUGCCAAUGGUGACAUACUUUUUGUUGAUUUAGGUUUUCUGUCUAAAAAACAAUCACAACAAAUUAGUUAUGAUCGUAAUUAUCAAAAUUUACCGUGA